AUGCACCUUUACAGUAUUGAGCUUCAUUAUGGAGGUCUUUUUUCAAAAACACCCCAUAUCACAUACAUAGGAGAAGCUACAUCCUUCAUUGAAAGUGUAGACCCAUACCUUAUGACUUAUACUGAUAUCCAAGAGAUGGCAAAUAAUUUGGGAUGUGGGGAUAUCAAAGAAGUGUUUUAUAAAGUACCAUUCUUAAAUGGUAAGCAUUGCUUCAGAGAGGUCAGAUGUGAUUUAGAUGUACUAAGGAUGUUUUAUAACUAUGAAGCUCAGAGGGAAGGCAACCUGGUCAAGUUAUACAUUGUUGCAGCUAUGUUGAAUCUGCAAGGGAAAGAAAUUUCAAUUUCAACACAUAGUGCAGAAAAUGAGGGCUUAACUUCAACUGAUGAUUAUGUACAAGUUGAAACAGAUUUUGCACAGGUUGAAUCUGAUUAUGCUCCUACUGAUGAGUUGAUAAGUGCAUGUGGAUCAGAUGAUGAUGAGGGUAAUGGUCCUAAGCACCAAGAAUUUAUUCCUUCAAAGGAUUUGGGGGAAAAAGAAAUAGCAGUGGGCAUGAAAUUUGCGACAGCUGUAGAUUUCAGACUAGCACUUAGAGAAAUAGCAGUGAAGAAAAGGUUUGAUUUGAAGUUCAAAAGAAAUGAUGGGGAUAGGAUUUCUGUAGUAUGUAAGGGGGGUUGUGGUUGGAAGAUAUUUGCAAGCAAGCCAAACGAUGAGGAUUGCAUAAUAGUGAAGACAUAUGUUCCAGAGCAUAAUAACUGCCUUUGGUUUCAUACAAAUGGACAAGCCACAUCUACCUACUUAGCAAAUAAGUAUCUAGAGCAAGUGAGAUUUAAUCCAGGCAUGCCAACAAAUACACUUAAGCGUACUAUUGCAAGUGAGUUGGAUAUUGAUGUGUCAGACUACAAAGUAAGAAGAGCAAAGAGAAAGGCUUUAGAUGUUGUUGAGGGAAAUGAAGUAGAACAAUAUGAAAAGAUGAGGGAGUACGCUCAUUUGAUAUUUACAUCAAACCCAGGCAGUGUAGUUAAAAUUCAAACUGAGCCCACAGCUGAAGAAAAUGUGAGAAAAUUUCAGAGGGUUUUUAUUUGUUAUGCUGCAAUGAGAAAGGGUUUUAAAGAAGGGUGUAGACCACUAAUUGGUGUAUAUGGUUGUUUCUUAAAGGGACCAUAUGGGGGUCACCUUCUCAGUGCUGUAUCUAUUGAUGGAAAUGAACAAAUGUUCCCAGUUGCCUUUGUUGUGGUUGAGUCUAAGACAAGGGAUUCUUGGAGUUGGUUUAUGUCAGAGCUCAUGGAUGCUGUGGGGCCUUACCAAGAAAUCACAUUCAUAUCUGAUAGACAAAAAGGUCUGGUUGACACUUUUGAGAACAUAAUGGAUGGGUCAAACCAUAGAUAUUGUGUGAGGCAUCUAUAUAAGAACUUCAAACUCAGGUUCAAAGGGCAACAACUAAAAAAUGAGUUGUGGGAAGCAGCAAGGUCUUUCACAGAAACUGAUUUUGAUGUACAUAUGAGGAAUAUCAAGGUGUUGAAUGCUGAAGCUUAUGGCUGGCUUCACAAUGUGCCACCUGAAUUAUGGUCAAAAUCAAGAUUCACAUAUCAAUCAAAAAGUGAUAUGGUGAUCAAUAAUAUGUGUGAGAGUUAG